AUGUUUUAUACUUCACCAUAUUUACGUACUAGACAAACAUGUAAUAAUAUCAUAGAAGGGAUUAAAGAUUUGGAAGGGGUUGAAUAUACUGUUAGAGAAGAACCAAGAAUGAGAGAACAAGAUUUUGGAAAUUUUCAACAAAGUGCAGAAGAAAUGGAAAAGAUUUGGGAAGAACGGGCACAUUAUGGCCAUUUCUUUUAUAGAAUUCCCUAUGGAGAAAGUGCUGCUGAUGUAUAUGAUCGAGUUGCAAGUUUUAAUGAAUCUUUGUUUAGACAAUUUAAAUUUGAUAAUUUCCCAAAUGUAUUGGUAUUAGUAUCUCAUGGGAUUUGGUCAAGAGUAUUUUUAAUGAAAUGGUUUAGAUGGACAUUUGAAGAUUUUGAAUCAUUAAAGAAUAUCCCACAUUGUCAAUAUUUAAUCAUGAAACAAAAUUUAAAAACAUCAAAAUUCAAUUUAAAAACUCCUUUGUUGACAUGGGAUGAUGUUGAUGAUGAUGAUAUGGAAUCGGAAAUUUGUAAGGAAGUUGUUGAUGAAUUGAAUACUAAUAAAUGGAAUGUUCUUUCUGCUGAAGAUAUGGAUGUUUCUCUGAUUAUUCAAGCUCAAAAGAGAGCUAUAAAUUCAACUAGAGAGAAGAAUAAACGAAUUCAAGAAAUGUUUCAUAAGAUUCAAAUUACAAUUGAUCCUCCUCCUAAUGGGAAUAAUAAUACCAAUAAUAAUAAUAAUAAAUUGUCAGAUAAACUUAGUCCAAGAUUCAAAUAUGAUAAUCAAAGUGUUGCUAAUAGUACUGAAGAAAUUGGAAGUAGUGGUUGUGCCCAUUCUCAUGAGAAUGGGAAUGAGAAUAUGAAUGAGAAAGAGAAUUCAUAG